AUGCUAUAUCGAGGUGCUGAUCGUAGAAGCAAGGGACAUUGCUGGAAAAUCGCCGUUGCAUGUUGUAAUGUUUUUGCAACUGGUGAUGAGCGAAGGAGCAUGUGGUUGGAAUGUUUUUUGCAACUGGGGAUGAGCCAAGGAGCUGACGUUGAGGCAAGGGAUGAAAAAGGCAAUACACCGUUACACUUGGUUUGUAACAGCUUUAUUUAUUUUGAUGAGAAUGCUCGUCUACUACUGGACGGAGGUGCCAUUGUGGAAGCAAGGAACAAUGAUGGUCGUACACCUUCUUUGUAUUUGGCAGAUCGAGGGGGUGCCAUUUUGGAAGCAAAAGACAGCGGGGACAAUAAACCUUUGCAUAUUGUGUGUUCCCGAGACAAUGUGGAUGUUGUUUCUCUGCUAUUGGGCGAGGAGGGAGCUGAUUUGGAAGCGAAGGAGACCAAUUGGGGAUGUCGGCCGUUGCAUCUAGCAGCUCUCAAGUCUUUUAUAACACCGAUCAUGUUGCCCGUGUACUCCUGGACCGGGGUGCCACAGUAG